AUGGCCAUCGAUGCAGAGGACCUCGUCAUCCAGCCCUUCCGGGAGCUCGUCGAGCGUGGUAAGGAGGCAAUCGCCAACGCCGGCGAUGCUGCCGAUGAGGAUCCCGACCAGGCCAAGGUCAUGGCCAAGGCGGCUGCAAGUGUGGUCAAGGAAGGUGAGAGAGCGCUGGGUAGGCUCCAGCCCUUAUGGGAGCAGCAGUUGGAAAAGUACGGCGAUGCCUUUACCGAAGCAAUUCGGGAUGAUUCUACAAUCGCCGAGGGCCGUCGUGUCUUGGAGGACCUGCUGUAUGAUUUUGACGACUAUACAGAGUUGGACACGUUCGAGGCCGAGCGAUAUACCCAGCUCCAGAGCGCCUCGAGGUCGUUUGCCAGAUCAGCCAUCGAAACAAUCAAGACAAUGAAGAUUGACGCACCAGUCCCCAGGGGGCUGCCUCAACCACUAUCCACACCCAUCACGCCCACUUCGCCAGAUCCUACACAGCUAACCUUUCCGCCACUGCCACCGCUGCCGCCACUAUCGCCCAAAUCUGCUGCCUCACGCCCGCAAACGGCCUAUGAGGCGACGCACGCCUCGUUCCACAACCACCAUAACGUGCCUCCUCUGCCGGCCGUCCGUGCUAAUGGGGUUACCAGCAUGCGAAGCAGCCGGGCCGAUGGCCUGACGAGGAACGACACCCGCAUGUCUCACAGCUCUCAGGGGUCGGCCAGGAGAGCCUCAUCGCGGGCAGGCACCAACCAUCACAGCUCAGUGCAGUUCGAGGUCGCCGAGGCUGCACACCGCGUGUCGCCGAAUCUCGAAGUCCUAGGUGAGGAGAUGCACAAGAUUCGGCUCGUGCAGGGCGGCGCGCAGAGCCCGCCGCCGCCGCCGCCGCCGCCGCCGCAGCAGCAGCAGCAUUUGCAAGGAGGAGUACCACCACCACUCCCAGUUGGCUCUCCCUGGACAAUUCCACGCACGACGGCGUGGGUUACGGAGCAGGCCAACUCGGUCGAACCCCCACAGGCGCGGUUUCGCGACUCCAUCCCGGAGGACACGAUCCCUGGGCUGGCGGCGACAAAUGGCCAUGCCAAGAUCCGCCAUCCUAACAACAGGUAUACCAGUGACAGCUCAAGACGGGCGAGCUCCGUGUUUGACGGACCGGCGAGUCCAGAGACGACCGCGCGCCGGUCGUCGAACACCUCACACAGUAAUGGAGACGACUUCACGACGCUCGAUCAAAACUAUCAGCGUCACAACAUCCGGUCAAGCUCGAUGGUCCAUCUUGAUGCCAGGGGCGAGCAGGUCGAAGCUCGGCCCGGUUCACGAAUGGACGCUUUGGCCGAGCACGAGGAACAGCCGCUGCCUAUCCAGCAUCCGGACCCACAGUCUUUCGACACGGGGCUAAUGCUUGCCCGCGAGGACGAGGGCCAGUCCUUGAGUCGAUCAGCCACGCCCAUCUGGUAUAGUCGCAAGGCGAACUGCUCGAUCGGCCCUGAAAGCAGUCUCUAUCAGCAGGGCGGGUUCUGCAGGGGAGCCCUCGCGUUCAGGACCGAUGGCUUAGAGUCCGGCACGAAGAUAGUCUACGACUAUUUGGACAAGAAGUCUGAGAAUCAGUGCAUCAGCUGUGAGUAUAGGCAAGAUACUGCUCGGAUACAAAACGACAUGCGCAGAGCAGCCAACGCCAACUUCAUCACGGAAGGCGUCAUCUACCGCUCGCGCUUCCUCUACAAGAGCCACAUGUCGACCAACAUCAGCACCUCGACGCCCUUUGCCUGCGUCUUCUGCGCCCAGGACGGCCGCACUACGCGCGAGGGCGACGCGACCGUUUUCCGCAACAAGGACCAGCUCUUCAAGCACCUGGCCCGCCACCCGCAGCCGCUGCCGCCGGUGAACGGCGUCACUGUGCUCUACGGGACGGUGGCGAAGGACCACUUUGACGCGGCGGACUUCGACCUGCACUUCCCCGAGUCCGCGGCGGUCGCGAACAGCGUCGUCACGGACGAGCAGUCGGAAAAGUUGGCGCGCCUGCCCACCGCGGUGGCGCGCAAGACCCACAUCGAGGGAUACGGCCCUGAUAAUCUCGAGUCCAGUAUCCUGCGGUUCUACGCCGGCGCGCGGAUAAUUGGGAUCGAGUUCCCUGAGCAAUACGAUGGGAAGUGGUGCAGGGGGUGGCACGACGGCCUGCGUGGUUACUUUCCGAGCAAGAUCAUCGAGCUGGAGCCCCCGACUAAAUCAGAGGUGAGGCUGCCGGGCAUGAACAACGACGGGGUCACGCUCAAGGCGCGGUGGAAGUGGACACCCAAGGACGCCGGCGCGGGAUGGCUGGUUUUUGACAAGGGCGACGUCAUUUCAAACGUCAGCUGGACCAACCAGGAGCAGUGGUGCUGGUCGGGCAUCACCAAGAACGGCAAGGCCGGGUUCUUCCCGCAGACGCACAUCAAGCCCGAGUCUAUUUCAGCAGCAAUCUCCUCGGGGCCGUCCUUCAGUGGCAGCGGUGCAAAGAGUAUCAAAGGUGGGAGCAAGAUGAAGAUGUUUGGGCUGAGGCGAACCACGACCGUCUCGUCGAACAACAGCUGA